CGCCGAAACGGCCAACAGGAUCGCGUUCGAAGUGGCCCCGAUAAUGGAUGUGGUGAAGAGAGACUGGGUUGCGGUAGGCACUCUCAUGCCAUGACCUCUUCGCCCCUUCCCCGUCAACACAAUGAUUAACCUUUCCCCCACACAGCUCGCAGACGUAGCAGCAUGGAACAUCUUCAUCGAGUGGCGGGCAUUUGACCACAUCCCUCUCGAAGGGCACAUAUCCAUCAAGGACCUCGCCCGCGCCAUCGAUGCUGAGGAAUCUCUCAUCAGCCGUAUCGCAACCCACCUGCUGGCGACCAAUAAGCUCCGCCCGGGUCCGCGCCCGGGCACCGUCGCCCACAGCCGCGUCUCCCCCGUCUACCGUACCGCCCACCCGGCCUCGCCGCUGUGCACCGUCGCCGUCGGCAACGCCAUGAGGCCCUUCGCCCACUGGCCCUCCUUCUUCGAAGCGUACGGCCGCCGCGAAGCCCCCGGCCCAUCCCAUACCCCCUUCAGCUUCGCCUGGGGCCGUCCGGACCUGGCCCCGUGGGAGGUGAAGGCGCUGCAUCCGAGCUACGCCCGCGCGUUCGCGCGGAGCAUGCGCUCGCGCGAGAUGGUCGGCGGGAACACCACCGUCGUCGGGCCGGACGCGCUCUACGAUCUCGGCUGGGUCGGGGCCGAGGCCAGGGCGAGGGGCCAUGCGGAGCCACUGGUGGUCGAUGUCGGGGGCGGGCUGGGCCAGUUUGUGCGGGAUAUCCUGGCCGACGUGAAGGGGAUUAAGCCGGGGCAGUGCGUCUUGCAGGAUCGCAGCGAGGUCAUCGAGGAGUCCCGGCGGCUGAUGGUGGGGGAUGGCCUGGAAGGGGUAGUCAUGAUGGAGCACGAUUUCCAUACUGAGCAGCCGGUAAAGGGUGCGUUGGUCUACGUGCUCCGGAGGGUUCUGCUCGACUACUCGGACUCGCCUGCCAUUGGCAUCUUACGGCGUUUUGCUGAGGCCUUGCCCGCCGAUAACCCGAAGGCCAGGGUCAUAAUCAUGGAGGAGAGGCUGCUGGAGACCCCGGCGCCGCACAACAGUCUCGUCGACCUCGUGAUGCUGAACCUGGGAGGAAAGCUCCGGAACGAGGCCAUGUUUAGAAAGAUUGCAAGCGCGGCUGGGUUGAAGGUCGUGGGUUACUUUGUGCGGGAGCGGGAUUCGAACUGCGUUGUUGAAUGCGCCAGGGCUUGAAGAGACUGGGUACAGUCAUGGGAUCAUUAAAGUUUCGACCCCUUGUUGUUUGGAUUUUGAACGCUCUGUUGCUCAGUUCUGGAAUGGUUAAAGCAAACGGAUACGACAAAACGGGAUCAUUCCUGGAGUCGCAUUGGGAGGUCAGGGAAUGGGAGGUUUGGAGGAAGCCAACGUCUCGCGACGAGUACUGUUCUGCUGAAGUUACGUGGCUCAUCGGCACCAUCAACAGUCUACUGAAUAACUAUGUUGGUGGACCUACUUCUUCUCCUUUCUCUCUAAUUAUCGACAGGUUCAGAUAGUGUCAGAAUACCUACUUAGGUACAAUUGCUAGAAGCAGCAAUUCCGG